AUGUCGAGCUACCCGCGCCGCCGGGGCGUCACCCCACUGUCCCGAGCCCGGAGCCUCGCCAUUCCCGACGAUUUGGGCUAUGGAAAGGGGAAAUGUUCUAAGCAGAGCCCGUCAGGAGCCCACGAGACACAUUUUGGAGAUGACAAAUUUGAAGAUCUUGAAGAGGCAAAUCCAUUCUCCUUUAAAGAGUUUCUGAAGACCAAGAACCUCGGCCUGUCAAAAGAGGACCCGGCCAGCAGAAUUUAUGCAAAGGAAGCGUCGAGGCAUUCACUGGGACUUGACCACAACUCCCCACUCUCCCAAACAGGGGGGUAUGGCCUGGAGUAUCGGCAGCCAUUUUUCGAGGACCCGACAGGGGCCGGUGACCUCCUGGAUGAGGAGGAGGAUGAGGACACCGGAUGGAGUGGGGCCUACCUGCCGUCCGCCAUCCAGCAGACUCACCCGGAGAGGGUCCCUGCCUGCACGUUGCCCUGCAGCACAUACCUUUCCUUUUUCUCCACCCCGUCAGAGCUGGCAGGGCCCGAGUCUCUGCCCCCGUGGGCGUUGAGUGACACUGAUUCUCGCGUGUCUCCGGCCUCUCCGGCAGGGAGUCCUAGCACAGAUUUUGCGGCUCAUGGAGAGUCUCUGGGAGACAGGCACCUGCGGACGCUGCAGAUAAGUUAUGAAGCACUGAAAGAUGAAAAUUCUAAGCUGAGAAGAAAGCUGAAUGAGGUUCAGAGCUUCUCUGAAGCUCAAACAGAAAUGGUGAGGACACUUGUGUGGAAAUUAGAAGCAAAAAUGAUCAACGAGGAAAGCGACUACCACGACUUGGAGCUGGUGGUUCAGCAGGUGGAGCAGAACCUGGAGCUGAUGACCAAACGGGCUGUAAAGGCAGAAAACCACGUCGUGAAACUGAAACAGGGAAUCAGUUUGCUGCAGGCGCAGGUCUCCAGCUUCCAGCGAGAGAAUGAAGCCCUGCGGUGCGACCAGGGGGCCAGCCUGACAGUGGUGAAGCAGAAUGCCGACGUGGCCUUGCAGAACCUCUGGGUGGUCAUGAACAGAGCACAGGCUUCCAUUAAGCAACUGGUUUCCGGAGCUGAGACACUGAAUCUUGCUGCCGAAAUCCUUAAAUCUAUAGACAGAAUUUCUGAAAUUAAAGACGAGGAGGAAGACUCUAGAGGACCCCUGGGUGUUCUCAGCAUGAAGCUCCGUGUAUGCCCUGAGAUCACCACCGCUUGAUCUAA